AUGCCCAUUAUCAAUUCUCCCAGUCCACGGUUGUCAUCAUUUUCUGGGGAUGGGACCAAGGGUGAGGUCAAGUAUAAGCAAUGGCAUUUAGAGAUUGUUGGGUGUCGUAGGGAGAAUGCAUUCUCGGACACUUCAAUUCUAAAUGCCAUGCGGAGGUCCGCCAAGGGUUCAGCUGCUGACCUACUUAGUGGGCUUUCAGAAACUGUUACCCUUGACACUGCUAUUGAGCAGUUGGACUUAGUGUUUGGCAAUGUGAUGCCUGGCGAGACGCUUAUGGAGCGUUUUUACACUGCCCGCCAGGAAAAGAAUGAGUCUGUCGCUGUGUGGAGUUGCCGCCUCCGGGAUUUGAUCUCCAAGAUAGAGGCAUCUGGCACUUUACCACACAAUGCUGCACCUAGCUUGCUUCGAAGCCGGUUCUGGAUGGGUCUCACUCGUGAUGACCUGAAGCAAGCGACUCGCCAUCACUUUGAUUCAGGUACGGACUAUAACAAGCUGCUGCUUGCUGUCCGUAGGGUUGAGGAGGAGUUAGCCACCCCUGGGGAUGCACAAUCAUGUCAAUUGACUACCACUACAACUAGCAACAGACAACUGGAUGAUGUGCUAUUCCGCCUAAAGGUGAUUGAUAAGAACCUUAGGUCUGUUGGGGAUAGGGUUAACACCCUGGAGUAUAAAUCUCAUAGGCCCUCAAAUACAGCCCAGAAUCAAGCCAAUAAGGCCCAAUCUCAGGCUCAGAAUCUACCCCCUAGGUCUACCACUACAAAUGUAGUUACACAAGGUAGCACAUCACGUACACCAUAUGCUUCUCAAUCACAGUUAGCCUCAAAAACUGAGGUACACUGUUAUGAUUGCGGGAAGAUAGGGGUUAGGCGGCGUCACCCACAGUGCCCCGCUUUAAACUCCUAG